UGUCGAAUCUGACGUCGCGGAAGUAAAACUAGAGCCAUUAACGUAAGUUAUUUUAAAGCUAUCAUGGCAGCCACCAAAGGCUCCAAAGAACAAAAAUACGACAGACAGCUCCGUCUGUGGGGUGACCAUGGACAGGAAGCUCUGGAGAACGCACAUGUAUGUCUCAUCAAUGCCACAGCCACUGGAACAGAGAUCCUGAAGAAUCUGGUGCUUCCAGGGAUUGGAGCUUUCACCAUUGUAGAUGGACAUACAGUUGCUGGGGAAGAUGUAGGAAAUAACUUUUUCCUGAGCAGCAACAGCAUUGGAAAGAAUAGAGCACAGGCUGCCACCGAGCUACUACAAGAAUUGAACAGCGACGUGUCAGGAAACUUUGUCGAGGAGAGCCCAGACAAGCUUCUGGACAAUGAUCCAGAGUUUUUUCACAGAUUUACAAUAGUCAUUGGAGUCCAGUUGCCAGAAAGCACAUGUUUAAGGCUCGGCUCUGUUCUGUGGAGUGCCUCUGUACCUUAUCUAGUUUGUAAAACCUAUGGCCUCAUAGGCUACAUGAGGCUAGUGGUGCAGGAACACACAGUCAUAGAAUCUCAUCCGGACAACGCAUUGGAGGAUCUCAGAUUAGAUCAACCUUUUGACGAGUUUAAGAACCACAUAAACUCCUAUGACCUCACAAGCAUGGAAAAGAAGGAUCACAGUCACACCCCUUGGAUUAUCAUUGUUGCUAAAUAUCUGGAUAGAUGGCUCAAUGAGCAUGAUGGUCAGCCACCAAAAAAUUACAAGGAGAAGGAAUCCUUCAGACAAAUGAUUCGGGAAGGGAUCUUGAAGAAUCUGAACGGUGUUCCAGAAGAUGAAGAAAACUUUGACGAAGCUAUUAAGAAUGUCAACACUGCGUUAAAUCCGACAAAGAUUCCAAGUGCUGUUGAAGAUCUCUUCAGUAGUGAACAAUGUAACAACAUCACAGCACAGUCUCCAUCCUUCUGGGUGAUGCUGCGAGCUGUGAAAGAGUUUGUUCACAGUGAAGGCAGUGGAAACCUUCCUGUACGAGGCACCAUCCCAGACAUGAUAGCAGACUCUCAGAAGUUUAUCAAUCUCCAAAACAUUUACAGGGAAAAGGCCCUGCAGGAUGCAGCAGCUGUUACUAAGCAUGUUGAAAAUCUACUACAGUCUGUUGGAAAGCCAGCAGAGAGCAUUUCUGAAAGAGACAUCAAGCUGUUCUGUAAAAACGCAGCCUUCCUGCGUGUUGUGUGCUGCCGGUCUUUGGCUGAAGAAUAUCACGUGGAUUCUGUAAAUAAGGAUGAAAUAACUUCUUGCAUGGACAGUCCAGACAGCGAGAUGGUCUUCUACCUCAUGCUCCGCUCUGUUGAUCGCUUCCAUCAGCUGCACUCUCGCUACCCAGGAGUGUAUAACUACCAGGUGGAAGAAGACAUCAGCAAGCUGAAGCUGUGCGUGAAUAGCCUGCUGCAAGAGUACAACCUCAAUGUCAACAUAAAAGAUGACUACAUCCAUGAGUUUUGUCGGUACGGUGCAGCGGAGCCACACACAGUUUCCGCGUUCUUAGGAGGAUCAGCUGCUCAGGAGGCAAUCAAGAUCAUCAGCCACCAAUUUGUGCCCUUCAACAACACUUUCAUUUAUAACGCCAUGUCACAGACCUCUGCAACAUAUCAGCUAUGAAUACAGUCGAUAACUUUGCUAACGGAAACAUCUGCAACAGCAGCAGAAAGGAUG